GUAGUACGCAAAUGGGAUAUCCUCCUCACAACGUAGCGAAGCAUUUCCGCUGAAUUUCCCUCCCGCUGUACAGGUGGGUGUCGGACCGUAUGUUUACUUUCCCACCAGCCAUGGAGCGGUGACAGGAGGCAGCUCCAUCCGUACAGAAUGAGCGCGGGAGGAGAAAUAUUGCUGAGGUAUAAAUUGUGAGAUCUAACAUAUCAGCCAAGAUGGAGAAGACCAUGCACUACACGUCUGUAAACCAUGCACACCAGGCCAUCGAGCAGAUCAACCAGCUAAGGAACCGACGAGAACUCUGCGACAUCAUCCUCCGGUGCAAUGAAACCAGAAUAUUCGCCCAUAAGUUGGUCCUGUCUGUGAAUUCGCCUUACUUUAAAGGCCUUAUGAAUACUAGGUACUACAUGGAACCUGGGCUGUAUGAACACCCGUUGAAAGGAAUUGAGGGGGAGGCGGUACAAACGAUCGUCGAUUUCUUCUACACAGCCACUGUAUCAGUUAACGAGGAGACGGUUUGGACGUUGCUACCCGCAGCUGCUAAGUUGCAUGUUGCUGAGAUUCAGAGCUUGUGCAGCAACUUUCUGCUUUCAGUAUUAGACAUUGAGAACUGUUUAAAGAUUCAUCAGAUUGCCACCGAAUGCCUUGCCUCUAACCUUCUCAAGGAGAGUACAGACUUUAUCAAAGAAAAUUUCGAAAAGUUAUUGGAGGAAGACUGUUUCCUAGACUUGGAGUUCUGGGAGGCCAUGCCCCACUUGAAGCGUUUGGGGGACACAGGACUUUCUAAUGACCAGGUUCUUCAUGCCAUUAAGUGCUGGUUUAUAGCCGCCAUUGAUGAACGACAAAUCUAUGGAUCCCAAAUCAUCAAGAAGUUUCCAAACCUUGCACAGAAGCUUGAGGACUUUAUUCCGUGUGAGUUUCUGGAAAACGGAGCUGAAAUUCAGGGUACGCAAGUAAAAGUCUCAAAGAGAAAGGGACUUAAAAUCCCCUUACGUCAAGUGACCCACAAUGAAAAUUCAGACAGAAAUUCUCUGUAUUCUUCCCCUCACAGAUCCCCACUGUCACCUACCGAAAAUGGUGUGGGCUCAAAUAAAAAUUCUGAAAAAGCAGCGAGUGACACCAGCAGUUCUCCACAAGAAAACAGAUCCCAGGGGGCUAACCGUACACCAACCGGAAUUAAUGGCAAGGAAGAGAACUACAUGUGCUUCGAGUGUGCUGAGGAGUUUGACACAAAAGCAGAAAUGGAGGACCAUGCUAAGACCCACAAAGUCUACAUUAAAAAGGAGAACAUAUCCCCCACCCCAAACUCGACUCACAAAACUAAUGGACUGUCCAACAAAAGCGAGAGCCCUAAUUCUCUACCUUACAGCCCUACUCCUACUAAAUUCUCAACCCCACCUCCAAGAUCCUUCAGUCCAUAUGAAGAUUAUAUCAAGAUGAACGCCAACAAGUCCUUGGAUUUCAGCAGUAGUUUAACCAGUUACCUUAGCAACACGGAUGAUUCUGGUGGGUCGUAUUUUGACCAGUACAUGAGGGCCCGUGGACUGGACAGUCCAAGCUUUGGUCAGAGAUACACCCGCUCCCCCACCCCCAGCCGCGUCCAGCAGCCCACGAACCCCCUCCUGAUCACCGUGACCAGCGGAACCAUCGACGGGAGUGACAUGAAAUUCAUCUGUCCUGUGUGUGGCAAAAGUUACCUGGAUAAAGACUCUCUCAGCAGACAUUACGAAACACAUUCUCACUUUCCCUGCAAUGUCUGUGGUAAAACUUACAGCACAAAAUCAAACCUGCACACUCACAUGAAGAAACAUUCUGAUGACAAGACCUACUCGUGUAACACUUGUGAUAAAACCUUCACCAGUCCGUCUGUUCUAAAGACACACCUCCGUACUCACACUGGAGAAAAGCCUUUCAUUUGCCCCACAUGUGGAGUAGCAUUUGCUAAAAAUAUCCACCUAAAGCGCCACUUAUCCAUCCACACUGGAAUUAAGCCCCAUGAAUGUAAAGUGUGCAACAAGAGAUUCAGUCGGUCCGACCACCUGAAACGUCACGUCCAGAGCAUUCACACCCAGGACAGACCCCACAUCUGUUCUCUCUGUGGGAAGGACUUUGUCCGCAAAUACGAACUUAACAAGCACAUGAAGCAGUCUCACUGGGGCUUUACUGUUGGGGAUGAAGACCAGGAAAUGGACUCCUCAGUGGGCGAGCCCAUGGAUAUAGGGUCACUGUCCACCAUGCACGCUGCCAUGGCUAAAGGAUUUGUUCCAUUCCGAGAAUCAAAAGCAGAUACUUCUGUAGAGGAAGAAAAUUCAAAUUCUCCAAAUCAAAAAAGUCUGAGCUCUCCUUCUGAUGGCAUACCAGUCACAGUCAAAGAGGAGCCUAUAUCACCAACCAAGUGAGGGAACCAGCCAAGAGAACCAGACUAAGAGAAACAGGAUCUGGGAGAUUAUUAUUCUCAUCAUUACAAGAUUUUUGUAUUUUUUUAAUGACCUUGUUGAAUGUCAUUCUAUUUUCUUUGUUGUUUGUAAGAAUUAAGAUACAUUCCUGGUUUACUGCCUUUGAGCGUUCAGACAAUUAGUUUGUGAUUACUAUGUAUUGCCUAGUCUAUAUAGAGGGAGAUAACUCAUUAUUGUACUAGAAGUUUAUUAAGCCUUAUUAAUCGGAUAUGAAAUUAUUUUCUUACUUGUUACAGAUUAUGUUGAUAGAAUCUCACAGAUAUAAUUUAUUUUCUUGUUAUAAUUUUGAAAUAAUUUUAUGUACACAUAUUAGUAUUUUUUGUUUUUCCCCUACAUGGUUUUGUUGGACAGAAAAAAUUAGACAAUACCCGUUGCAACUUAGCCUACUGAAAAUGUGAAAGUUUCUAUUUACAGAGAUUAUUAGCGUAAUUUUUUUUUUCAUUUAAAUGUUCUGUAAUACAGUAUGUAAACUAUUGGUUUAAUCUUAUAUCUCUCUUUAUUCUUAUUUAGCUCAAAAGUGCAUAGAAAAUUCAUAGCAAUUCUUAUUGAAAUAAAAAAUCAAAUUAAUUUCCCCUCUGUUGUAAUCAAUUUGAAACACACUUUCCUCUUUUAGUAUUCAGCCCCUUAUUAAUUCUCAUCUCUAAUGCUCUGAAAUAUAAUUAUAGGUCUAUUUUUGACUUUGCGUAGAUCUGGAUAUUGGUGUUAUAUUCCCCUCAUAUUAUUGCCGUUACCAUUGUGAGUUUGAACCACGUGGGCUUUCAUUAGGGACUAGAAGGGACCAUGACAUUGUGUAGUGACUGUUAAAAAAUGCUCAAUUUUAUCACAGAGUUCUAUUUGUUUUUGUUAAGUGCUUCUUAUGUUUAUUUUUCAUAUUUUGUGACAUGGUUAUUCAUAUUUAAUCUGGUCUUUGCAGUACUGAGCGUGAUUGUAUAUUUAUUAUUAUUGUAUAUGGCAAAAACAGAUUAUUAUAUUAUAUUUUUUUUGUGUCUUUCAUCUGGUACAUUCAGAAUUUGUUGAAUAGGGAUUUCAAAUAUUUUUGUUGAGAUUAUAUUUGCCUUUAAUUAAGUAUAAACUGUACAUUCCAGAACUUAAUUAUUUUACAAUUAUUAUGAAAUGUAUAUUUAUUGACCAAUUGUUUAAUUCAGAAUGUCAGUUAGACAUUGAUUGAGAUUUAUAUCUUUGCACAAAUAACAUACGGAAAUGUUUUUGUCACUAAGUUAAUUAGCAGUGUUACAUUCCCAUAUUCAGAAGCUAACAAUUCUCCAUUUUCUACCUAUGCUUUUUCUGUAUUUGGACUUUUCCCUGUGUUAAUUUAGUGCUGUCCAUGUUCAACUUCUCAUUCUUUUCUCUGCAUACUUCCAACAAUAAUUUCUUUUGAUUCAGAAUAUUAUUCAUUCUAUAAAAUGCAUUCCAUUUUCUCUUACAGGAAUUUGUUUUAUGUUUGCAAACAUUUCUUCGGUAUAUUUCUUCUUGUUAAAACUUACAGUAAUUUAACAUUUAUUUUUUAGUUGGAUUCUCCCUCUCUCCUAUUUUUUCAGAUCUGUAACCUUUAUCAGUUGAUAUCUAUUUUUCUGUGGGUUUUUCACUAUUAAUGACAUAAGACAUAAUAAUGUACAGAUUUGU